ACAAGACGAAAUGUCUAAAUGGAGUCUUUUGGUAGUAUUAUUUUUUGUCCUAGUGCCACGUAAGAACUGUCUUGAAAAUAAUGAUUCAAUGGUGCUUAAUAAACUAAACGGAUCUAAUCCGGACCUUCUGAGACCCCGAUCGCCAAAUAAAAUACCGUUUGACCAUUUUGCCUAUAUACCCGAUAGUUUCCCCACUCUUGCACGCCCGAAACCACCACCACGCCCACAACCACGUCCACGCCUUGAAACCACACGCCCACCUACUACUGCUCCAAUUGGAGGUCACAUAAAUCCUGUCUUAUAUCCCUAUCCAUAUCCAUGGCCAAAUCCAUAUCCAACAUAUCCAAACCCUCCACCAAAUGGACCAUAUCCAUAUCCAAUUGGAGUUCCCCCACCACCAGGCGGAUAUCCACCAAAUGGACCAUAUCCAUAUCCAAUUGUUCCCCCACCACCAGGCGGAUAUCCACCAAAUGGACCAUAUCCACCAAUUGGAGUUCCCCCACCACCAGGCGGAUAUCCACCAAAUGGACCAUAUCCACCAAUUGGAGUUCCCCCACCACCAGGCGGAUAUCCACCAAAUAAACCAUAUCCACCAAUUGGAGUUCCUCCACCACCAGGCGGAUAUCCACCAAAUGGACCAUAUCCACCAAUUGGAGUUCCCCCACCACCAGGCGGAUAUCCACCAAAUGGACCAUAUCCACCAAUUGGAGUUCCCCCACCACCAGGCGGAUAUCCACCAAAUGGACCAUAUCCACCAAUUGGAGUUCCCCCACCACCAGGCGGAUAUCCACCAAAUAAACCAUAUCCACCAAUUGGAGUUCCCCCACCACCAGGCGGAUAUCCACCAAAUGGACCAUAUCCACCAAUUGGAGUUCCCCCACCACCAGGCGGAUAUCCACCAAAUGGACCAUAUCCACCAAUUGGAGUUCCCCCACCACCAGGCGGAUAUCCACCAAAUAAACCAUAUCCACCAAUUGGAGUUCCCCCACCACCAGGCGGAUAUCCACCAAAUGGACCAUAUCCACCAAUUGGAGUUCCCCCACCACCAGGCGGAUAUCCACCAAAUAAACCAUAUCCACCAAUUGGAGUUCCCCCACCACCAGGCGGAUAUCCACCAAAUAAACCAUAUCCACCAAUUGGAGUUCCCCCACCACCAGGCGGAUAUCCACCAAAUGGACCAUAUCCACCAAUUGGAGUUCCCCCACCACCAGGCGGAUAUCCACCAAAUGGACCAUAUCCACCAAUUGGAGUUCCCCCACCACCAGGCGGAUAUCCACCAAAUGGACCAUAUCCACCAAUUGGAGUUCCCCCACCACCAGGCGGAUAUCCACCAAAUGGACCUUAUCCACCAAUUGGAGUUCCCCCUCCUCCAGGCGGAUAUCCACCAGGACCGGUACCGGUUCCCCCAAAACCCCGUCCAAAGAUACCCGCUCCUACAAGAAAACCCUCAAAACCUGGCCAAUAUCCAUCUGGACCGGAGAAUGUUAAUAUUAAUGAUAUAACAAUAAAUAGAAACCGUCGUAAGGUCUAAACAUAAAACUUGAAAAAAAAGAUAUAAAUAUUAAAUUAAUUUUGCUGUUUUUGCGCGAAUUGUAAAUGUUACUCUUUGUAAUAAAGAUGUACAAUAUUUGAA